GAUGAACUGCCCCAAGGUGCAACAGUCCUUGGUACUGUGCUUUCAUUUGACAAAACCAAAAUCACAAUGAUGACAGGUGCCAGGGUUGCACACUCACUUUUGCUAGGCCUUUCUAAUAUUUGUAUGUGCACUCACACGAAGCUCUCAUUCAAGGUGUUUAUGCUCAUGGCUCUCCUUCCUAUCCCACAAUACUUACACCCCAAUCAAUGA